AUGUCUGGACGUGGAAAAGGAGGCAAAGCCAAGACCGGCGGAAAGGCCAAGUCUCGCUCAUCGAGAGCCGGACUUCAGUUCCCUGUAGGUCGUCUUCACCGUAUCCUCCGCAAAGGCAACUACGCUCAACGUGUUGGAGCUGGAGCUCCAGUCUACUUGGCCGCCGUGUUGGAGUACUUGGCCGCCGAAGUGUUAGAGUUGGCCGGUAACGCCGCCCGCGACAACAAAAAGUCCAGAAUCAACCCACGCCACUUGCAGUUGGCCGUGAGGAACGAUGAGGAAUUGAACAAACUCUUGGCUGGUGUCACCAUCGCUCAGGGUGGUGUGUUGCCCAACAUCAACGCCGUCUUGUUGCCCAAGAAGACCGCCGACUCCCAAGCCUAA